UUUAAAUCUUGUUAUAAUUUGUGUUUCCUGUCUUUAAUAUGCUCAUGUUGUUGCCUGUAUUCACCAAAAUCUUUGAUAUGAAUUGUUUACAGGAACAAUGGCGAAUGCACAAAUGCCUGUUGUGCCGGUCGCUCCGCUGGGCGACAGUCCGGUUCAGGUCACCUGUCCUAAGUGCCAUCAGACAGUUCUGUCCAAGGUGAACUACUCCGCCGGUUUGCUCACCUACCUUUUCUGUGGAGGACUCUUCCUCUGUGGCUUUGUUUUAGGCUGCUGUCUCAUCCCGUUCUGUGUGGACCGGCUGAGAGACGCGAAGCACACCUGCCCGACCUGCAAGACUGAACUCGGCGUGUAUAAACGCUUAUAAACUAUAUUUUAUCUUUUUAAAGGCUUUAAGGUUCAAACGUGUUUGUUUCUGCUUCAACAUGUUGUUUGGAUUUCGGGACUUUUUGUUUCAUCUUGGCUCUGCAAACUUACCAGAGGACAUUUUUUCCACUACUUUCUGACAUUUUA